CCGCCAGCGACCGAUCAGUUCAACGGCAGACCAACGCACAGAAACAGCGUUCGGUUUCCUAGUCGCUCCUUUCGCAACCGCGCGCGCGCAAAAAAAAAAGUCUUACGAAUCCACAUCCAGUCCGUGUUUCUCGAGUUUUGGAAGUAGUGUUUCUCGUUCGCUGAUUUUUGGUUCCGCGCAAUAGGAUCCCAGUGACUCGAACGCCCGGCUAGAAACGUGUACAAUCGUGCUAGAUCAAACCCAGUGGAUAUUCUAGAGGAUAUCCUAGUGGAUAUUCCAGAUUCGGUGACUCGAACGCCCGGCUAGAAACGUAUACAAUCGUGCUAGAUCAAACCCAGUGGAUAUUCCGGAUUCGGUGUAUUUUUCGACGUUUUCGGAGUGAGUGCGUGUGAGAUAGUGGUGGCCAAUAGAGUUGGUCGGCGUUCCAUGUGUCGCUUUGUCCGAGGAGAGUCGAGUGUUUCCGCCGCUGGGAAGGGUAGUUCUCGGGGGAAGGGUAGUUCUCGGGAGUCGCUGCGAGUAUAAUGAUAAUUUACCCACCUCAAACACCGAGCAUGGCUUUGAGUAACAGUCAGUUCACAGGGAGCAAGUUCCGUGGGGGGUCCCGGGGUAACUUCAAAAAAGCCAGGCAAGUCCCGACGCCGUGCCCCAAGAGGCAGGUCGUUCACUGGAAGCAGAACAAUAUCAAACAAGGGAUUGUUGUCGUCGACGAGCAGCAGCUCUCCAAACUAAUUAAAACGGACCCGAUUGAAAACCAUUACGAGCUGGACCCGGAACCCUUUGCAACGGGUAUUUUUGCAUCGGUGAGGAGGUGCAAGUCAUUAGAAACUGGUGAAGUUUUCGCAGCUAAAUUCUCGAGUCGGACGAGAUACGGCGAAGAUUGUAGCGCGGAAAUCCACCACGAAAUUGCCCUUCUCUCUCUGUGUUCUCCAUCACCUAGGAUCAUCCGCCUUCAUGAUGUGUUCCAAACUCCUUCAGUCAUCAUCAUCGUUAUGGAAUUCGCUCCGGGUGGCGAUCUCCAGACGAUAAUCGACGACAACCUGGUGCCUUUCGAAUCGGAUGUAGUCAAGUUUGUCCAGCAUGUCGUCGAAGGCCUCGCUUAUCUUCAUCAAAGAAAAAUUGCUCACCUUGACAUUAAGCCACAAAAUUUAGUCAUGAUGGGAGACUUUCCUAACUGUGACAUCAAAGUCUGUGAUUUUGAAAUAUCUAGAGUAGUCUUGAAAGGGACUGAUGUACGAGAAAUUCUGGGAACUCCUGAUUAUGUUGCUCCAGAAAUUCUACAUUAUGAACCAAUUACCCUGGCCGCAGACAUGUGGUCCUUAGGAGUAACUACCUAUGUUUUACUCACAGGAUUUUCACCUUUCGGAGGUGAAACUGAUCAAGAGACAUUCUGCAAUAUUUCUCAGGCGCAGUUAGAUUUCCCCGAUGAACUGUUUGAAGACGUUUCUGAGGAGGCCAAAGACUUCAUCAAGCGACUUCUUAUCAGGGAUCCUAGCGAACGGAUGUCAGCGAAGGAAUGCCUCCGCCACCCAUGGAUCAUGAAACACCGCAAGACGCCCCUGACCCCGGCAGCAUCGCGGACGAACCUUCAAGUGGAAAAGCCAGAGCUGAGCGAAGGCCGCGGGCGGGUGGGCUGUUCCUCCUGCUCGCAGACCCCGAACCUCAACAAACGCAACCUCCGCAAGUACCUCUCCAAGUCCCGCGAGGCCCUUUUCGAGCGCGUCGUCUCCCAGCAUCGCCUCGCCUCCGAGCUCGAGAAGAAAGAGAACUCCCUCCGCAAGAGCACCCUCCUCAACCAGUACAACAAGACCCGACGCCUCUGCGAGAGCCAGAUGAACCUCAUCUCGAAAUCCCGCGAACGACAACUCCUCUGCGAGCAGGGGCUCUCACCUAACUUCAGCAAAUCCCGGGAAAAGCUCUACGGGCUGAGGAGUCUCUCCAAGUCCCACGAGGUCCUCAACUUGGGGCUCUGCCAGAGGAUCAAAACCACCAACGACUCGGGCACCAAGACCGCCAAACCGGAGUCCAAGCAACACCUCACGCUACCGACCCCCUAUUCCAUCACUCACUCCAACUCCACAUCCAAGCUGGAAAUCUCAAACGAUAUCACGAGCGUUAUCGGAGGCUGCGAUAAGAGCAAGGACGCAGACAAGGAGAACUCCCUGUCGCCGAAGAGUCGGAGGAAUUCCGCCACCGAGAAGGAAGACCAAAAGGACAAACCGGAAGUCGAGGCCGCUCCGGAAGUGAGUGUCCGCGAGGGCGAUGCUGACGGGGACUGCCAUAGCAGCUCGACCGACUCGGACGAUCUGUCCGGGAGCUGCGAGAACAUCUGCGACGACCAGGAACCGCGCUUCACCGUCCAGCAGCUCAUCUCGGCCUACAACCUCCACCAAGAGGUCGUCACGAAGACGUCGCUGGAGGUGACGAUGAGCUUGAGCGACAACCAGGAGAACAAGAUCAUCCCGACGGCGAUCCUGAACACGGCCGAGAACCACAAGUUCCCGACCGGACCCAACGCCCUGCGCCUCUUCAUCCCGGAUAUCGACAUCGCGAUGAGGAGAACGAGAAGACGCUCAUCAAAAACCAGUAGUAUCACCACCAUAGAGGAGAGCGUCGAUGAAGGGAAGGUACCCGAUGCAGUUCUGGAGCGGCUCAAGGACCCUAGCUCCAGCCCCAGUUGUAGCAACCCCUCAACCCCCACCUCCCCUUUGACCCCGGAGAUCAAACCCUCCUCACCCCUAGACUCAAGCAAACCCCUUAAAACUAGUCCAGAAAGCCAACCCAAGGAGGUGGCGUCUUCGUUAGAGAAUCUAUCCUCGAGGCGGGGUAGUUCGACCUCCGUGACCUCCGUGACCUCCGUAACGACGAAGAGGUCGCAUCCCCCGAAGCUAGUCCGGUCGCUGACUGAGAGUAACGUAAAUAGGACCCAUUCUAGUACCUCCUUCCUUAAGACUUUAGAUAAAUUUAAUAAUAUGAUCAAAGAGGAGUCGAAGCAGAAAGACGUCAGCCCGAAGCAGAGGAGGAAAUCGAAUCCGGCUCUGAUGAAUAAGCAAUACUUCUGAGCGAUGAGGUUUUUUUUGGAAAAUGAAAUCGUUUUCUUGUAUCGUGGGAUGGAGGAGCGAAUUCCUAUAAACUGAGGAAGUUUCCUUUUCGACUGGAAAAUUUCAUUUUGGAAAGCUAGGUUUCAUGUCCUUUGAAUAGAAUUAAAAAGGACCAAGAACCAACUCUCCAUUUGCGCGUUCUUGUUUUUACCUACACGCUUGCCGACUUUGCUAAAUACUCCCGUGAGCUAUAGGCAACCGUAAACACAUGGCCUACGCUCAUGUAGUGAAGUACCUAGAUGUGUUAAGGUAGAUUUUGAAAUUGACUUUGUACCCGAGAAGAUUGGGUAAAUACUGUGUUUCUAUUGGAAGAGCGAGAAAAAUUUUAAGGGAGGAGUCGGAUCGCAGACUACCUACUGUGAAACAUUAAUAAAGUACCAAAAAUAUUUAACAUUGCAUUUCGAACGAGCUCCUGGGCGAAUGAAUUUAAUUAUUACCUAUUUUAAUCUAGAGCCGUCCAGUCAAGACCCGUCGCAGAUGAACUCAAGAGCCGGUUUUUAGACGAGGGUGAAUAGUUCAUAAAACGAAUCGUAAAUUAUAGUUAAACUCAUUGAAAACUUUAGUCAGUUACUUAUAGUUUCAAUUUGAUUAUUGUAAAAUACUCCAUGAUCCUAAUUUAUCUUUUUAAUUGUUAGAUUAGCUCAUAGGCAUUGUAAUUAUUUUAUUUAAAAAAUAUACAUUUUGAAGUAUA